CAUACCACCCUCUUUCCGUGGGUAACUCGCACAAGUGUUGGAAUAGAACGCCACAGGAGGAUGAACAUGAGGAUGAAGGAGCUAGGGAGUACCGAGUACCGACCGAGCUCACAAGUUAGUCAGUUUCAAUGGCGAUGAUGUUGUGCAACGACGACCCAACUACUCUUCGUCUCCUUCGUCUUCUUCAUCAUCAUCGCCGCCGUCAACAACAGCAGUCCAAUUUCAUUGGUGGGAAAAAACUAUCUUGGGUAGUCGAGAAGAAUUGUUCGAAAAAGAAGUCGGUGAAUUUGAAUCAAGUGAUGUUGAUUUUGGCAUAGUGAUCGAUCAAAAGCGUUAGAUGCAGAGUCUUUUGUGGUCAUGGAAUCGUUUCCUAACCGCAGACACCUGAGUACCAACCCGAACAGUAAUAGUCGUUUCAAUCGUGAUAGUAGUGAAAGGACUUUACAAGUAAGCAACGGAAACAGUCCUGGACCGAGCAGCAACAAUAGCAGUCCAUCGUCAACCACCCGAGAACUCAUUAUGCCUAGCAUUAGUAGUGCCCGUCAAAAUGGUACGAGUCGAAUUCCCAGUGUUAGCCGCCAUCAACCGUUUGCCUCCGCCUUAUCGAGCAUGGACGGGAGCAAGCCCAACAGUAACAUCAACGAUUUGCGCAAUACCAUGGCCGAAAUGCAAAACAUGAACACCAUGUCAACCGCUAGUUCUUCUUCGUCUCAGCAUAUCACCACGCAACGAAGAAGUGAGUUCAACCGCUCGAUGUCAUCAGGCGUGACGGGAUUGAUGAUGCCCUCCCCUGCAGGUUUUGCCCAUACAUAUCAUCAUCCCAUGAAACGUCACGAGACGAGUCCGGCCAUUAUCGAGCUUCCCAAUCAAUCGCCUACGGAGGAUAGCCUCUUGGGAGAAGAGAACGGAGCAGGUCGUCCCAUUGUGACCUCGCCUGUUUCAGAGAUGGCCGAAUUAUCCUCGGAUCCCGAGAGCAACUCUGGCGGACUGACUUCACCCAAUCUUGUGUCGUCGACUGGCCUGCCGUUGGUUCAAAGCCUUGUCGGCGUGAACACCGUGGCUGGGCUUUCGUCCAAGUUCAACUUGGCCUUGCCAGGUGUUGGCAAUGGCGCCAGCCUCAGCCUCAGCAGCAAUGGCAACAACAACAACAACAACAACAGCAGCAGCAGCAGCAGCAACACCAAUAACAGUAACAGCGUGGGAGUUCCCGGCUCAGGUGGAUUUGUUUCACAUGAAGAAAGGAAAACCUCGACUUCCUCGAAAACUCACAUUGUGACAGGGCAGAGCAAGACGGAGAAAGCGACAGCCAAUUCUUCCCAAGUUGUGAGGCUUCAAAGAAACGACCUCAGUUAUGAAGAAAACUCUGCACAAUCAGCCACUACAGCGAGUAUGGAGACUGCAGAUGGAACAAUAGCCACUCAAGCCUCUGGUUCCAAGCACAUGUCCAAGAAAAUGACCUCGGAAGACCUCAAUUUUCAUCACAGCUCUUCGGCGUCCAUGUCGGGAGCCAAGUUAUCGAGCAAGAAUUUCGGUACUAUUGAAAACAUGUCGUCUGCCUCAUCUCAGCGCUCGUCAUUCUCGAGGGGCGGGACCUAUUUGCACCAGAGUUCGCACCAGUCAGCCUCGUCGAAGAGGAUCAGCCUAACUCGAUCCCCGAGCAUAUUGAGUACCAAUCAAAUCGCGUCUCUCAUGAAUUCCACGAUGACCAUGGAGGAAAUUGAACAAGGUCUCAUGAGAUUUGAUGAUCUGGAACAACUCACGCCCAAUAGCAACAUGAAAAAUGUCGAGACUACCUUGGUCAAAUACUGCGGCCUCAUGUGUAGUACUGUUCACGCCAUGAAAAGGAAUGGGAAUGCAGACAUGUUGUCCGAAUGGAUGUCCAAAAUCAACGAUCUAAUGAUCAAGGCUUGGGAAGUACCGGCCUUUGGUCAUGAAAUUGGCAACACCUUAUGCAGCAUAAUGAGAAAGAACGGGGGGCUGGAUAUCCUCAUUGAAAAUUGCGUGUCCGAGCACCGAGCUCUUCAAUUUAAUAGUGCGAAACUCCUGCAGCAAUGUCUGGUGACUGAGAAUCGAGGCUACGUUGUUGAUAAAGGCCUAGACAAUGUUGUUGAAGUUGCUAAAGCUUUUAGUGAAGACAUCUCCAACCUCAGUCGAUCACGAGUUGGAACUGGAAUUCUGGAACAUUUGUUCAAACAUAGCGAAACCACUUGUGGGGAUGUGAUUGCCAUGGGAGGGUUAGAUACGAUUGUUAACGAAUGCAAAUCCACGGACGUGGAGACCCUUCGUCAUUGUGCCAGUGCGCUUGCCAACGUCGCCAUGUAUGGCGGAGCUGAGAACCAAGAAGCAAUGAUCAAUUGCAAAGUUCCUUCCUGGCUCUUUCCUUUGGCCUUCCAUACAGAUGAUACAGUGAAAUAUUAUGCGUGUCUUGCCAUUGCCGCCUUAGUGGCUAACAAGGAAAUUGAGGCCGCAGUUCAAAAGUCAGGCACUUUGGAACUCAUUGAACCUUUCGUACAAACCCACACUCCCAAGGCUUUCGCCCAGGUCUCAGCCACUCAUAGUCAUGGACAGAGCCCGAAUUGGCUGAAGAGGCUUUUGCCAGUGCUAACUUCACACAAGGAGGAGGCCAGGAAUCUUGCCGCAUUCCAUUUUUGUAUGGAAGCAGAAAUCAAAAAGCAACAGGGCAAUACGAAGUUGUUUAAGGAGAUCGAUGCCAUUGAAUCCUUGAAGAAGGUUGCUAGUAGUCCCAACGGUAUUGCUUCCAAGUACGCGGCACAGACCCUCCGCCUCAUUGGAGAAGAAGUGCCUCACAAGUUGAGCCAACAAGUCCCCACCUGGUCAGUCGAGGAUGUUCGUGAAUGGGUGAAACAGAUUGGAUUUCCUCAGUAUGCAGACUCUUUCACCGAGAGCCGAGUCGACGGGGAUCUGCUCCUUCAGUUGUCAGAGGAAAUGUUGAAAGAAGACAUUCAGAUGAGGAACGGUAUUUUGAGACGGCGGUUCCUUCGAGAGCUAACCAACUUGAAGCGCGUGGCUGAUUAUUCUAGUUGUGAUCCUUCCAAUUUGAACGAAUUCCUCCAAUCCUUGGGACAAGAGUACUGUGUUUACACCUAUGACAUGAUCAAUGCAGGCAUUGAUAGAGAUACUUUGUUGAACAUCAAUGAUGAGCAGCUACUAAGUGAGUGUGGGAUCAAGAAUAAGAUCCAUCGCUUGAAGAUCCAACAAGGUGUGAAGAUUGAGAGAGGGGAGUUCAGUAUUACCGAUGAUAGUAGUAUAGACAAGAAUCUGGAUGUAUUUAUCAGCUACCGCCGUUCUAAUGGAUCCCAAUUAGCCAGCUUGCUGAAGGUCCACCUUGAGAUCCGCAACUACAGUGUGUUCAUCGAUGUGGACCGUCUGGAAGCCGGAAAGUUUGACAACAAUCUCCUUCAAAGCAUUCGCUCAGCCAAGAAUUUUGUUCUGGUACUGACGCCUGGUGCUUUCGAUCGAUGCGUCAAUGACGUGGAGCAACAUGAUUGGAUCCAUAAAGAGAUCGCGUGUGCCCUUCAAUCACAGUGCAACAUCAUCCCUGUAUUUGAUAAUUUCAUCAUGCCGGAGCAGGCUCACCUCCCAGAAACCAUGAGGGCAGUCACCGCCUACAAUGGGAUCAAAUGGAUCCAUGACUAUCAAGAGGCAUGCGUUGACAAGAUCGAUCGCUUCAUUCGUGGGGACAAUUCGUACAUGAUGGACCGCUUUCUAAACAGCCAAGCCACCACUGCCUCUGGAUACGGAGGGAGCAACAGUACCUACAAUCGACAAAAUACUUACCAGAGAACACCCAGUAAUGAUAAUUCGACUUGCUCAGAUGAGCUCGUCAAUUCCUCGGCCACUCCCCAAUGACUUUUUGGGCCUGUCGCAAUCAAUGAAGCAAAAAGCACAACUAAUUCUUCAGUCUCUAAUUCACUUAACUCUAACGCAAGCAAGAAGCACUCGGCCAUCAAAAGGCCCCCAUCUAUUCAUCUCUUUGGGCAUGCUAACCCCAACGCCUUCCGACAAGGAUCUGUAGGUAGGUCGGAGCUGCCACAUGUCGGAUAUAGGGCCUUGAGUCCCCCCAGAUUUGUAGCCACCUACUCGCAGCCUCUUCUCUUGCCUUUCAAAAAGACCAGUCUAAGCCCGAUGCCUCCUCGAAGAAUCGAGUUAGAACGGCCCAUAAAAGCACGUUCCUCCGACGAGCUUAGGAAGGCAGUUAGCCUGGAACAACUGACCAAGGAAUCAUCUCCGGACUCCAUGGACUCUUGGCAGUUGCGCGAUAGCGAUCUCAGUAGUCCCACGUCUCCUGAGAUCAUUGAGGAACACCACGUGUUGAUACAUCCUGUGAUACCGGAAAGCCACAGUCCCAUUUCGGACACCGCUACGGAUUCCACUGUGAUUGCCGUGGCUGAAACUCAAGCCUCUUUGGCUGCUCUUGAGAGCCCUCCUCAAAAGCCUCGAGAAGCACGAAGGCGAGCCUCUUUCAAAGAGAUGGCUAGUUACGGCACCCUGCCCAAGGCUAUGCGAAAAAACAUUAGUCGGUCAUUGGUCCCCAAAAUGCGGCGCAUGUUCGAACGAGCUCGAAGUUGUGAACCAGGGGACAUGCCCCAGGUGCGAAUUCAUGUCCACUCUGAUUGUCCAACUCGAGCCCCCUCAUCCUUGACAUCUGACGGAACGGAGUCCGUGUCUUCAUUCGUUGUGGUCUCUAGUUGUUCCAAUCCGUCCUCGUCGCAAAGCGAAGAAUCUCCUAAACCAGAGAGCGCUGAUUCCAGUCGAUCGAGCACAGACUUGACUGACCGAGAACAUAGCGGAUCACCGAAUAAAAAAGGAUUUGUCAACAAGUGCAUGUCUAAAGUUAAAUCCAUCAUGAGUGGACCUGACGAAAGACCUCGAGAAUCUCCAUCCGACUGACCCAUUGGCUCUUACUCCCUGGGCUUCCAUUCCUACAAUAUUCUGAACAGAGUCACUGCUUGUAAUGUCCUCAUUUCUUCGCCUCCCAAUUCCUUCCUUCCUCCCUCCACCAUCCAACCUCCAAGUACUCUUGCUAUUACUACCCUUGCUUUCAUUUGUGUUUCUUGCUUCCUUGAUUGCGAUAGGCGAGUCAUAAUCAUGAUUUCUUUAAAUCCUUUUGUGUAUUUUGUCAUUUCUACCUUGUGCCGGCGAUUUUAUUAUGCUCCCAUUGAUCUUCAUUCAUCUGAAUUAUCUAUAGGAUCUUCUAGCUAUUCACUCGUCGAUCCAGUGAAUAGCAUUAACAAAACUAUGUACCAAUGUACUAUAUCCAUCUCAUUCCCACUGAAAUAAAGAAAUUCAUUCACUUGCUGAAAUCCUA